CACUGGGUAAAGGAUGGGCCCCCCUCAGCUCCUCUCUCUGGUCCUAUUGAUCCAAAUAGUUCCUUCCCAGCUCACUGAAGGCAAGAGCCUGGCAAUGCAGACCUCGUCGGGGACCGCAGUCGGAGAUGCGCUACAGACACCACUAGAAACCCAGACCUCCCAAGGAGCAUCCCUGGGCGCGGCAGGCCUCCACAACAGCCUGCUCAAGUCGCUUCCCGACCUGGCCAGGAGCCGCCCCAAGCGGCGCGCGUGGGAGAGGCCCGAGGACCGGGAGUGCCGCCUGCGAAGCCUGCAGGUUCGCGUCAAGGACCUGGGCUUGGGCUACAGCUCCGAGGAGACCAUCCUCUUCAAGUACUGCAGUGGCAGCUGCCCCAAGGCCCGCAGCAACCACGACCUGACCCUCUCCGCUCUGCUGCAGAGGAGCGAGAUACCGGCCUUGGGGGACCCCUGCUGCCGCCCCACACACUACGAGGAUGUGGCUUUCCUGGAUGAUAGGCACCAGUGGCAGGAGGUGGAGCAGCUUUCGGCCGCUGCCUGCAGCUGUGUGGGCUGAUGGUGU